UUUCGAGAAUUUGGAUUUUGAGAAUCAAACUUUGCAGGCAAGGUCUCAUUUUAGACACGUGGACAUGCAGUAGACUGGGCCUUUAAAAAAGUGCUGCCAUGAAAUCUGAAGCUAGGAGCAAUGUAACAUGUAGGUCAUCCUGAAUUGCAUGCAUGUGACCGGGGCAAACAAACUGGAACAGAGAAUUACCCCAAACAAAGUAUAACGUGAUGCCAAACAGUCGAGUUAGGAAUGUCAAAAUAAUUCGCAAAUAAUCCUCACUGUCAUGGCUUGAAAACCCACUCUCUCCUGAUCACUCAAACCUCUCUGACCCACUAGCUGUGUGCCAAAACACUGUCUAUUUUUGGGUUAGUAGCUCAGAGGGCCGCAGCAGUGAAGGGGGCACAUAUCUUUGUUUCUUGCAAUCGCUCAGAAGCUCUCUAACCCCCCUGACAGACAAGUUCUAAAACAUAAACAACACAUGUAGCCUGAUGAAAAACGUGGAUACUGACUGGACUUCUUAGAUCAAAGACAACUGCAGACAAGAGGAACUGACGAGUUUCGUAAAGGCUUCAACAAGAGAUAACCUCCUGACUGGUUGUUCAGAGUGCAUAGAACUUUCUGUGUAACUUUGUAAAAAAAUAUUGGUGCUCAAGAGUCAAAAGCAAAAUGGAUCUUACAACCAAACAUGGGCUGGUGCUCCUCGACCAGCUGAAGAAGAUGAGGGAGGUGGAGCAUUUAACAGAUGUGGUGCUGGUUGCUGAGGGCAUCAGCUUUCCCUGUCACCGGGUCGUUUUAUCUGCCUUUAGCCCGUACUUCCGUGUUAUGUUCACAUGCGGCCUGCGUGAGUGCAACAACAGAGAAAUAAUUCUGCGUGACACCCCUGCAGACAGCCUGGCCCUCCUCUUGAACUACAUGUACUGCUCAGAUCUUCCACUCACUAACGCCAAUGUACAAGGCAUUUCUAUCGCAGCAUUUCUCCUGCAGAUGGAUGAUGUCUUCAAUCGCUGUCAGCUGCACAUGACAGAGAACAUGGACGCGUCCAACUGUCUUGGCGUGUAUUACUUUGCCCGUGACCUCGGUGCAGAAGACCUGGCUGACCAUGCUCAGCGCUUCUUGAGGCAGAACUUUGUCCAAGUCUGCCAAAAUGAGGAGGUGCUGGAGCUGGAGGCCCAUCAGCUGGGAAAGCUCCUGAGUUCUGAUGAUCUUAACAUUACUCGAGAAGAGACCAUCCUCGAUGUGGUCCUCCGCUGGGUGAAACAUAGCACUCUGACGGAAGGAGAGGUACGAAGUCUGCACCUUCCAGAGCUCCUGAGGAAGGUCCGUCUGCCACUGAUAGACCAUGACUAUCUAAGAGAGGCAAUGAAGAGGAACACAGCCCUGCUGGCAGAUGCUGAAUGUCUGGAGAUGAUGAAUGAAGCCUUGGACGCUACAGCGAUGCAUCCCUUAGCAGCACCACGUAAACUGAAGCUGCGGUACGGCAUGGAGACCACAGAUCUGCUGCUCUGUGUCGGCAACGAUGCUGGUGGGAUUAGGUCAAGAUACGGCAGCUAUUCUGAGCGCAGCUUUUGCUACGCUCCAUCCACAAGUCGGACCUACUAUAUCACGUCACCUCGCUAUGGAGAGGCUCUUGGGUACGUGUGCGCUGGGGCUGUAACUGAAAACAAUGACAUCAUAGUGGCAGGAGAGUCAAGUGCACGCAGAAUGGCCAGACAGAAGAACAAGACUGUAGAGAUUUACAGGUACAAAAUAGAGGCUCAAGGAACCUGGGAGCACCUGAGGUCAGCAGAGUACCGGGAUUCCUAUGCUCUAGGAUCACUGGGUGACACUCUGUACCUGCUAGGUGGGCAGAUGCAGCUGAAGAACCAGUUCCUCAUCACUAACUGUGUGGAGCGAUGGUCUCUGCAAGGUGGACCCUGGCGCAGUGCAGCACCCCUGCCUCUGCCUUUGGCCUAUCACAGCGUGGUCAGAAUGAAAGAUCGCCUUUUCGUGCUGGGCGGUCGAACCCCACAGUCAUACCGGUUGGAUGAUGAGCCCGACCGUCUUAGCAACAGACUCCUGGAGUACGAUCCAAACACAAAUAAGUGGACAGAGUUAUGUCCCAUGAAGUACUCCAAGUACCGCUGCAGUGCUGUUGUACUCAAUAGCGAAAUCUUUGUGAUGGGAGGGAUUGGAUGUGAGGGUGUGGAUCACGGGCAAUCACGCCACUGCCUCGCUGCAGUGGAAAUCUACAACCCGGAUGGAGAUUACUGGAGGGAUGGACCUUGUCUUCCAUGUGCACAACUCUCACUGCGCACCAAUUCUCCUAAUGCAGGAGUGGUGGGGGGCAAGAUUUAUGUGUGUGGAUAUUACAAAGGAGCAGAUCGUCAUGAUGACAUAACAAAGGACAUUCUGGAGUUCGACCCCUGGGAGAAACGGUGGACAGUGGUGGCUCGGCGCGCUCUGAUGCAUGACAACUACGAUGUCUGCUUAGUGGCAAAUCUCAACCCACGGGGACUCAUGUCCCCACCUGCAGACUUAGUUAACCUGUGACACUCCUGUCAGAUCAGAUCUAAGUCUGUCAGCGAGAAUGAGUGAAGGAAAUCAAUUAUUAAUUAUUAAUGCACUUAUUGCUGGGCCAAAUGCAUUCAUAUUACAAGCAGAAAAGGUCUUAGUGCCCUGCUGCAUGGAAGAGGAUCUACAGAUAAUGAUUUGCACAUAAGACAUAGACAGAUAAUAUGUAAAUAAAGUGUUUUUGCUGGUUGUUAAGUUACCAUCUGCAGAGAAUAAUCAACCGAAAUUUGCAGCUCCAUGGUGCAUUGCAUUGUCAGCACCAGGAAAUGAUUUAUGGUUAUGCGAAGGGCUGUAAUUUACGAUUGAUUUUAUUUUCUGGUGGUUAUUUUCUCACUUAAUCAGUUAGUGCAGGGGUGCCCAAACUUUUUACCUCAGAGGGCAGCAACUGAAACUUAACAGUGAGCUUAAAGCCCACGUCACUCGCUCGCUCUGCCCAAUCAUGUUAUCAAUAUUUUGAAUCCUACUCAUUAUUAUUAUGAAUUUCAUUUCAACUUCAUAGAAAUGAAACAUCUGGUUGGUCAAAGCGAACCCUCAGGCAACACUUCAAGCAGCCCUUGUUUACUGUAUGAACUGUUCAAUAGUAAGAACAUUACAUUCAUCCCAUUUCCCAGAGGCCACAGCGAUGUCUUGAGUUUGUUUGUUUGUCUAACAGUCCAAAGCCUUAAGUUAUUCAAUUUACUGUCAUAUAGCAAUGUGUUUACAUGGAAAAAUUAGCAACCAGGAGAUGUUUGGCAUUUUUGGCUUUAAAAAGGAUUCAAACAGUUAACUGUUCAUCAAAUUAGCUGCUGAUUAAUUUUCUGCCAAUCAACUAAGCAUUGCGGCUCUAGUUUUGAUCAUAGACAUCUGGAUUUGCUAAAACAUAUACCAAAAUGCGCUUUAAGUAUUUGAUCUGUCAUUACAGAAUAAUUAAUAAAGCCUUAUAAUAACUUAUUUGACAUUGGCAGACUAGGUACAUAUACGGUAUAAAAAGUUAUUUACCUUUAUAUUGUAUAGACCAUUUGUGUGUUAUGCUCGCUAAAGCAGAAUAAAACUGUUUUUUUUUUGCAAAUAAAUAUGCACCUUAACAUAUCA